AUGGGGAAUUCCGUUCCUGAUAUCGAUGCGAUCGGGAUAAAAGCAGAGGCACAUCUUGCUGACCAGUUCCGGCGAGAAGUCGCACAUCUUCUGGGUCGUUCGUCGCUAUCCUUCCCUGGUGCGCAACCAGUCAGUUUCGCAUCACAUCAUAUCCGUGAACUACAAGAGAAAGACUACUACGUAUGCGAGAAGACGGACGGGAUACGAUGUCUGAUGUACUUUGCGCGAGGAGAUCCGGACUCAGACACCCCGGAGAUUCACUACCUGAUUAAUCGCAAGAAUGAGUACAGAUUCAUACCUGGCCUACAUUUCCCCAUGCCCGAUGACGAUACCUUCCAGAGCUUCCAUGUGGACACGCUGGUGGAUGGCGAGCUGGUUAACGACACCUACGAGGAUGGGACGGAACAGUUGAAAUAUCUGGUUUUUGACUGCCUGGUUCUCGACGGUACAAGUCUGAUGCAUCGAACACUAGACAAACGGCUGGCAUAUUUUAAAGAAAAAGUCCUCAAGCCGUAUAACGCCAUGUAUAAGAAAUUCCCCGAGGAGAAGAAACACCGGAUUUUUGCUGUGGAGGAUAAAUCCACACAGUUCAGCUACGGUAUCGAAAUGAUGUUUCGAGAGAUCAUUCCCAAGGUGAAGAAGAUACAUGGCAACGACGGUCUGAUUUUCACCUGUCGCAGCACGCCAUACAAGAUUGGAACGGACGAACAUACGCUGAAAUGGAAGCCACCAGAGGAAAACAGCAUUGAUUUCCGUCUAAGGCUAGAGUUCCCUACAAUAGAACCAGACUCAGAGGAUGAAGCAGAUGGAAUAACGGAAACGUACCCCGACUACGAUGCUAUUCCAACAUGCCACCUUUUCAUAUUGCAUAAUAGGGGAGAGUACCGCCAUUUUGGAACCAUGUAUCUCACUGAGUCUGAAUGGGAGGGGAUGAAGGCCUUGCAAAAACCCCUUGAUGACACCAUCGUUGAGUGCAUACAGGAUGAACAAGGCAGAUGGCGAUACAUGCGGUUCAGAGACGACAAGGCGGAUGCAAACCAUAUUUCGACCGUGGAGAAGGUGCUUCAGAGUAUCCAAGACCGGGUCUGCGAAGAGGAGCUAAUUAACUCUGCGCCUGCGAUCAAAGCUGCAUGGAAGAAGAGACAAGCUCAAGCCGCGGAAGAAGAAGCUGCCAGGAGAAGAGGGAUGAAUAACGGUAUUCCCAACGGAGCUGGAGCUAAGAGGAAAUAUGGCGAGUAG